AUGGAGGAGAAUGACCCCAAGCCCAUCGAAGCGGCGGCGGCGGCGGCGGAGGGGCAGCGGCAGCCGGAAUCCAGCCCCGGCGGCGGCUCCGGUGGCGGCGGCGGCGGCGGCGGCAGCCCGGGCGACGCGGACACUGGCCGCCGGCGGGCUCUGAUGCUGCCCGCGGUCCUGCAGGCGCCGGGCAACCACCAGCACCCGCACCGCAUCACCAACUUCUUCAUCGACAACAUCCUGCGGCCCGAGUUCGGCCGCAGAAAGGACGCGGGGACGUGCUGUGCCGGCGCGGGAGGAGGAAGAGGCGGUGGAGCCGGCGGCGAAGGCGGCGCGGGCGGCGCGGAAGGAGGAGGCGGUGGCGCGGGAGGCGCCGAGCAGCUCCUGGGGUCGGGCCGGGAGGCCCGGCAGAACGCGCCCGGGGCGCCCGGGGCGGGCGGGCCGCUUCCCGGCGGCGGCGGCGGCGGCGACUCUCCGGGCGACGGGGAAGGCGGCUCCAAGGCGCUCUCGCUGCACGGCGGCGCCAAGAAAGGCGGCGACGCCGGGGGCCCCCUGGACGGGGCGCUCAAGGCCCGCGGCUUGGGCGGCGGCGACCUGUCGGUGAGCUCGGACUCGGACAGCUCACAGGCCAGCGCCAACCUGGGCGCGCAGCCCAUGCUUUGGCCGGCCUGGGUCUACUGCACGCGCUACUCCGACCGGCCGUCUUCAGGUCCCAGGUCUCGCAAACCAAAGAAGAAGAACCCCAACAAAGAGGACAAGAGGCCGCGCACGGCCUUCACGGCCGAGCAGCUGCAGAGGCUCAAGGCCGAGUUCCAGGCCAACAGGUACCUGACGGAGCAGCGGCGCCAGAGCCUGGCGCAGGAGCUCAGCCUCAACGAGGCGCAGAUCAAGAUUUGGUUCCAGAACAAACGCGCCAAGAUCAAGAAGGCCACGGGCAGCAAGAACGCGCUGGCCGUGCACCUCAUGGCACAGGGCCUGUACAACCACUCGACCGCGGCCAAGGAGGGCAAGUCGGACAGCGAGUAG